UUGGCUGCUGGGGCGACGUCCAGAGUUCACCGAUCCUAAAGUAGUGGCCCAGGGAGAGGGCAGAGAAGUGACCAGGGUCCGUUCUCAGGGUUUCGUCUCCCUCUCCUUCCCUCAUUGCUGGUUUAUAGACAUCAGACUGAUCCAGGACCUGCUGAUCCACUGA